UCGAAGUGCUUAUAAGCACUAUAUAAUGUAUGCCUUGUAAGCUGUGUAAUACAAGAAGCUUAAACUUAAGCUGUGUAAUACUAGUGCAUAUAACCACCAUAGAUUAAGCUUUUUUGUCUUCGUUGGGGUGCGGUUCCCAAUGAAGAUCUUCCAGAAGUGCUUCUGGCUUUGUGUGCUUUUUGUGAGCUUUUGCUACGCUGAACAGACAGUUGAGGUACUUGGUGUUGGAGAAUGUACUGACUGUGAUCAGAAUAGCAUUAAGACUAGCCGUGCCUUUUCAGGUCUUCGUGUAACAAUUGAUUGCAAGCCAGAAAAUGGACACUUCAAGACAAGAAGAGUUGGGGAGCUCAAUGAACAUGGAGAGUUCAAAGUCUCACUCCCUAAAGAGAUUCUAAAAGAAGAAAACCAACUAAAAGAGGACUGUUAUGCCCAACUCCACAGUGCAUCAGCUGUCCCUUGUGCUGCCCAUGACGGCCUAAAAUCCACAAAAAUAGUCUUCAAGUCUAAGGCAAGUGAUGGGACACAAACCUUUGGAGUGGUUGGUGGAAAGCUCAAAUUUUCACCUGUGACGUGCACUUCCGCCUUCUUUUGGCCUCACAAGAAGCACCCACUUUUUUCCAAAUUGCCACAUUUGCCUAAGUUGCCAACUUUCCCUAAAUCUCACCCAAUUUUGGGACACCCAUUCCCAUUCCCUCCUAAGGUUUUUCCUCCAUUCCCACCUAAGGUCUUCCCUCCAAAAGUACCAAUCUUCAAGAAGCCUCUUCCUCCACCAGUGCCAAUCUACAAGAAACCUCUCCCUCCCCACAUCCCAGUGUACAAGAAGCCUCUUCCACCACCAAUCCCAGUAUACAAGAAGCCUCUUCCACCACCAGUCCCAAUAUACAAGAAGCCUCUUCCACCACCAAUCCCAGUAUACAAGAAGCCUCUUCCACCACCAGUCCCAGUAUACAAGAAGCCACUUCCACCACCAGUCCCAAUAUACAAAAAGCCACUUCCCCCACUAGUCCCAGUAUACAAAAAGCCUCUUCCCCCACCAAUUCCCAUAUACACAAAGCCAUUUCCACCACCAGUCCCAUUCUUUAAGCCAAAGCCAAAGCCACAUCCAUUCUUUAAGCCAAAGCCAAAGCCACAUCCAUUCUUUAAGCCUCACCCUCCACUGCCAAAGAUUCCUCAUCCAUUCUUUAAGCCUCUCCCUCCAUUGCCAAAGAUUCCUCACCCAUUCUUUAAGAAGCCACCAAUCCCACCACUCCACCCAAAAUAUUACUUCCCCCACCCAAAGGAUGGCAAGUUCCCACCCAUGCCACCUUUGGUUCCUCAAUAUCCUUAGGUUAUUAAAGUACCAUAUACCAUUUCCAGUUAUAAGUAGGAGCAUGAAUAUUGUUGUGUGGUGAAGUGAAAGCAUGAAGGAAAUUAAGAUCAAAAUAAAUUAAGCCUUCAAAAGUUCAAGCCUUGAAGAAAAAGAGAAGCAAAGAUCAGAAAGAUAGCUAAGAAAGUGGAACACUUGUUUAUUUAUGAGUUAAUAUUUGACUUGUUUGGAUUUUAUUUCUUUAAAUUGUAAUAUCCCAUUUGUUUUUGUAGAUUUUCGUAUGCAUAUGGCUUCUGUUACAGUGUUACUUUUCAUGUGUUUCAUAGUAAAUAUUCACUAUUCUGUUGUGAUUCCUUUUGGGAUUACAGUUGUGGGAAUUCAAGUUUUAUGUAUUGUAUAUCGCAUACAAGUU